AUGCGUUCCAACAGCAUCACCUCCAUCAGCUCCUUCUGCUCCCGCGCUUCGUCAGCGGAGCCAGAGCCAACCAUGCAGAUCUUCGUCAAGAGCAUCCAAGGCGACACCUUCCCCAUAACCAUUCCCGAGUCAACCUCGGUCCAUACCCUCCGCUCCCUCCUCGCCCUGCGUACCAACACACCAGAGUCCGACCUCCGCCUAGUCCACGCUGGCAAGCAUCUCUCUCCCUCAGAAGCCCUCUCAACCUACCACAUCAGCGGCGAAUCCACCGUCCACAUGGCUCUGCCCAUCCGCGGUGGCGCACCCAAGAAGAUCCGCUGCAACGCCAAGGACUGCAAAGAGAAGGCCCAGCUCAUCGUCGGCGAUUGCGGCUUCUGCAAAGGUCACUUCUGCGGCAAACACCGCAUGCUGGAGAGCCACAACUGCACUGGUCUUGAGGACUGCAAGAAAGAGGAGAAGGAGCGGAAUCGCGAGAAGUUGGAGAGUGAGCGUACUGUGGCUAUCAAGGGGAUUUAG